AUGUCGCCGUAUUUCUUGAAUGCAUCUCCCAACUGUGCCAGAAUUACCGUCAUAAGUAGGAUCGGUGUAACAGGUCUGCGUGCUCCUCAUCCAACAAAUAUAGGACUAAUGCGAAGCUGUUACAGGCCUAGAAUUUUGAUCGGACUAAAUUCUCUUCUCACCAAACAGCUUCUGGACCCAGAAGAAGUGGAUGUGGUGCAUCCACUGGACAAGGAGAGGGGCAUCACUCUUGAAGAUUCCAAGCUCAUCAAGCUCCAUAUGUCCAAUUAUAUUGCAAGAUUGGCUCAAAAUGUGAAAGUGAGGCAAAGGGUUGUUGCUACUGCCAUUACCUACAUGAGACGUGUUUAUGUCAGAAGAAGUAUGACUGAAUAUGACCCUCGUCUGGUUGCUCCUACUUGCUUGUACUUGGCAUCAAAAGCAGAAGAAAGCACAGUGCAGGCCCGACUACUUGUAUUUUACAUUAAGAAACUAUGUAAU